CUGACGCGCCGUGCUCCGGCGCAGGCGCACAGGGGAAGGUUGCUGGCCCAGGUGAGCGGGCGCGCUGGUCCAGGUGAGCGGGCGCGUCCCCGCGACGGCGCUGCCUGCCCGAGGCGGUUCACGUAAAGCCAGCGAGAUCCUGCGGGCCAGCCGGGAAGGAGGCGUGGAUAUGGAGCUGGCUGCUGCCAAGCCCGGGGCCCGCGCCGCUGCCUAGCGCGUCCCGGGGACUCUGUGGGGACGCGCCCCCCGCCGCGGCUCGGGGACCCGUAGAGCCCGGCGCUGCGCGCAUGGCCCUGCUCUCGCGCCCCGCGCUCACCCUCCUGCUCCUCCUCAUGGCCGCUGUUGUCAGGUGCCAGGAGCAGGCCCAGACCACCGACUGGAGAGCCACCCUGAAGACCAUCCGGAACGGCGUUCAUAAGAUAGACACGUACCUGAACGCCGCCUUGGACCUCCUGGGAGGCGAGGACGGUCUCUGCCAGUAUAAAUGCAGUGACGUUCUGGAGGCUGUGAAGUCCAAGAUCGAGCAUUUGGCAGAUUCAAUGUCUGGAUCUAAGCCUUUCCCACGUUAUGGUUAUAAACCCUCCCCACCGAAUGGAUGUGGCUCUCCACUGUUUGGUGUUCAUCUUAACAUUGGUAUCCCUUCCCUGACAAAGUGUUGCAACCAACACGACAGGUGCUAUGAGACCUGUGGCAAAAGCAAGAAUGACUGUGAUGAGGAAUUCCAGUAUUGCCUCUCCAAGAUCUGCCGAGAUGUACAGAAAACACUAGGACUAACUCAGCAUGUUCAGGCAUGUGAAACAACAGUGGAGCUCUUGUUUGACAGUGUUAUACAUUUAGGUUGUAAACCAUAUCUGGACAGCCAACGAGCCGCAUGCAGGUGUCAUUAUGAAGAAAAAACUGAUCUUUAAAGGAGAUGCCGACAGCUAGUGACAGAUGAAGAUGGAAGAACAUAACCUUUGACAAAUAACUAAUGUUUUUACAACAUAAAACUGUCUUAUUUUUGUGAAAGGAUUAUUUUGAGACGUUAAAAUAAUUUAUAUCUUGAUGUUAAAACCUCAAAGCAAAAAAAGUGAGGGAGAUAGUGAGGGGAGGGCACGCUUGUCUUCUCAGGUAUCUUCCCCAGCAUUGCUCCCUUACUUAGUAUGCCAAAUAUCUUGACCAAUAUCAAAAACAAGUGCUUGUUUAGCGGAGAAUUUUGAAAAGAAGAAUAUAUAACUCAAUUUUCAUAACCACAUUUACCAAAAAGAUCAAAUAUAAAAUUCAUCAUAAGGUCUGUUCAACAUUAUCUUAUUUGGAAAAUGGGGAAAUUAUCACUUACAAGUAUUUGUUUACUAUGAAAUUUUAAAUACACAUUUAUGCCUAGAAGGAACGGACUUUUUUUUUCUAUUUUAAUUACACAUAAUAUGUAAUUAAAGUACAACAUAAUAUGUUGUUUCUCUGUAGCCCGUUGAGCAUAUGAGUAAGUCACAUUUCUAUUAGGACUACUUACAAGGACAAGGUUUCCAUUUUUCCAGUUGUAAAAUUGGAAUCAUCACCUGAUAACCUCGUAGGGAGCAACCCCAGGAUAGCUAAGUGUUAUGUAAUAUGCCUAGAAGGUGAUGUGAAUGCGAUUCAGAAGCAUAGCCACUCCCAUUUUAUGAGCUACUCACAUGACAAAUGUCAUCUUUUGCUAUAACCUUUGCCAAGUUGGAGAAAAGAUGGAUUUAAUGAGAUAAAUGAAAAGAUAUUUAACCUAAUAUAUCAAGGCACUAUUUGCUGUUAUGCUUUGUUAUUUAUUUCCCAGCACUUGUUCCUUAUUGUAGAUUUUUUAAAGACUGUAACCUUUUACUAACUGUGGUCUUACUAAAAUUUGUGCUUGAUACUGCUUUUCAAAAAGCCUUUAAUUAGAGCCAAAAGGAUGGAAAAGGCAAGAUAUAAAUAACUGCCUUUUAUAGAUCUCUUAUUUACAUUGAAAAUUAUUACCAUAUGUUUAGAGCAAAUCCAAGAAAACUUCAACAGCUUCUGAAGAUGUCUAUGAAUGUUGAAAACUUUUCAGUCUCUUGGAAUGCUCAGUUAUGUUCCUAGACUGGUCUUUGCUGACUACUGGUUGUUAACCUUUCCCUAGCCCGGGACCUCAAGCCAUAUAUAUCCUUUGGGUGACCCAUGGCCAAAGUUAUUAAGAUGAACUGACUUUCAAAGUCAGAGAAGGACAGCAUAGGGAGAGGCGGUUAUUUGUAAGUCAUUACAGGUAGAACAGGGCAGAAGGAAAAGUAUGUUCUGGAGAAAGGGCCAUGUUCCUAACUUUGGAGAUAUGUCAUUGCCGGGAACCUAGUAUCUUCCAACUUGAAUUGGUGGCAGCUGUUCCAGUGAGACAAGGCACAUGUAUGCCUUGUGGCUAAGUGAGCAAACUGGGUUUCCACUUAAAUGUUUGGGACAUUCAAUUGAUUCUUUAUUUCAAACCUUUAUAAAAGGUACAGUUUUGUAAGCCAUUAUUAAUAAUUAAUGCUUAUCAGCUGGGCACAGUGGCUCACACCUAUAAUCCCAGCACUUUGGGAGGCUGAGGCGGGUGGAUCACUGGAGGUCAAGAGUUUGAGACCAGCUGGCCAACAUGGCGAAACAGCGUCUCUACUAAAAAUACAAAAAUUUGCUGGGCGUGGUGGCGCAUGCUUAUAGUCUCAGCUACUCAGGAGGCUAAGGCAGGAGAAUCACUUGAACCCAGGAGGUGGAGGUUGCAGUGAGCUGAGAUUGUGCCACUGCACUCCAGCCUGGGCAACAGAGCAAGACUCUAAAAAAAAAUGGUUUAUGAAUAUUUAUUAUUGAAAUAUUUGUCCAGGUAACUUUACACUUACAAUGAAUUCAUGGAUUUUGUUAGCAGCAUUGGCUUUCUCAAAAGGACAAACUCAAUAUCUUUAUAAAAUAUAAUUCAUGAUCACAAAUUACACAAAAAUCAGUAGAAACAGUUUUUUAUGUUCAGAUUUAAAAAAAAAAAAACUUGGGAUAAUUUUAGAUUUACAGAAAAGUUGCAAAGAUACUUGGAGAGCUUCUGUGACCACUCACCCAGUUCCCCCAGUGUUAACCUUUUAUUUAACCAUGAAGCAUUUGUCAGAAGCUAAGUAACCAGCAGUGGCAAUUACUGUUAACGGAACUUGACUUUAUUUCUCAGAUUGUACUAGUUUUUUAAUUAAUGUCAUUUUUCUUUUCCAGGAUCCAAUCUAGGAUACCACACUGAAUUAGUCGUCAUGCCUAAUUAGCCUCUGGUCUGUGAUAGUUCCACAGUCUUUCUUUUUCAUAACCUUGACAGUUUUGAGGAGUACUGGUCAGGUGUUUUGUAGAAUAUUCCUCAAUUUGGGUUUGUCUGAUGUUUUCCUCAUGGUUAGAGUGGGGUUAUAGAUUUUUAGGAAGAAUACCAGAGGUGAAGGUCCUUCUCACUGCAUCAUGUCAGGAGUUACAUGCUAUCAGCUUGAUGGUGUAUUAACUUUGGACACUUGGUUAAGGUAGUGUGUGUUGGUUUUUUGCUGCUGAAAAUUACUGUUAUUUUCCCUUUCCAUACUUCUGUUCUUUGGAAAACAGUCACUAAGUCCAGUCAUGGGAGGUGGUGGGUGGGAAAGAUUACAUUCAACCCCCUGGAAGUGGGAAUAUCCAUAUGUAGUAUUUGGAAUUUUUCUAUAUGGAAAAUUUGUUUCUCCCUCCCACCCUAAUUUGUUUACAUCAGUAUGGACUCAUGUAUAUUUUGUAUUUUGGGUAACACAGUAUUUAUUUUGUUGCUUAAGUUGUCCAGCUUGGCUAUUAGGAGUUCUGCCAGGUUGGCUACUAUGUCCUUUUGAUGUGCCCAUCCUUUUGAUUUUUGAGCACUUCUUACUUUCUGGCACUACAAGAUGCUCCAGGUUCAUCUUGGAUAUUCCCUGCCCCAACCCUAGAAUCCCUAGAAUCAACCCCUGCUCCAAAGAGCCCUGGUUCCUUUUGUUGGAGAAUCAUACUUAGAAACCAAGAUCUGGGCAUUAGAUGUGCUUGUUGCUACUGGGAUGUCACUGUUUGUAGCAGAGUUGAGAAAUAUGUGUGUAUAUUAAUCCAUGCAUAUGUACAUAUCUAUAAUUAUGUGUGUACAAAGCUAAACAUGAGUUUGUACUGCCGUCUUCAACUCAAAAUUUGUCCCAAAAUUUUUGUGGCAUAUGUUUAGAUUUUAAAGUUGAUAUUUUCCCUAUUGACAGAAUAAACUCAUUAAAAGAGCACAAAAAAAAAAAAAAAAGACAAGAACUAACUUUCAGCAGCUCUUUGCAAGAAAUGUAACAUUGAUACUUUAAAAUAAUACUGCCUUCAAAUGA